AUGGCGCGUCAGCAGAGAAUCGCCAGAUCGAUAGUCUAUGCGAUCCUCGAGAACAAUGGAGCGAAGGUGUGCUCGCUUUUUGCGCGCAUUCUGACAGCCAUCGCAUAUUUCUUUUCUCUCUUCCAACUAUCGUUGAAUAGACAUCGCAACGAUCUCUUCGAGAGACUGCGGGAACAGUGGCAAGUCGAUGACGAAUAUUACAAGGACAGCUUUGGUCAGAGGAAUGGUUUGGAAGCGCAGGGUGAUAUGGGCUUCAGUGGAAGCGUAGGUGUUUUGCUCAGUCCAUACGCGCAGCAGACUAAGCAACGCGCAGNNACUUUCUACACCACCUCUGACGGAGCGUAUCUCGUCAAAAGCGUUCCUCGAGGGUUCGAGCAUUCAUUUUUCCGUGACGAGUUUUUGGAACCUUACUACAACCACAUGAUGAAACACACCAAAUCACUUCUCAUCCGGAUUACUGACUUCCUCGAAUGGUCCCGCUUUGGCAUUGGCGGUCUGUUAGGAACGGCCCCGACACAUCACAUCAUCAUGGAAAAUAUCCUGAUCGGCAAGGAAAAGGAUAGCACAUCGAACUGGGAGACUUGGGACCUAAAGCCUACGUCGUACUUUUUCCCAGAACGGGAUAUCGCGAAUGGCAGGCUUACCUCUGACGACACCAAGGACCGUUUAGCAGACAAGUUCGAGGACAAGAUAGUCUUGACUCAGUCCCAGGCUGAUGAUUUCUUUAAGCAACUCUCGGGAGAUACCGAACUACUCGAACGGUGCAAUGCUGUCGACUAUUCGUUGUUUCUGGUCAGAAUCCCGCUUAUCAGCCAGGACAACUCAUCUGUACGACAGGGCCAGGAGGCAGCCAUCCAACAAUCACACAGACCUCCAUUUGUGCCACCAACAAAUUCUUGGCGCACUGGAGUGUACUCCGCUGACCAGAAGUUUGUAUUUCGCGCUGCGGUUCUCGACUUCUUCUGGGCCAAGCACAAGCUGCAACCUAGGGUCAUGACUUGGUUGAUCAAGGCAUGGAACCUGAUCGACCGUCAAGGACCCAUGAGCAUUACCACCACCCCAGAGGAAUAUCGUCACAGGUUUCUUUCAAUGUGUCAUGAGAUGGUUGAAAUCAAGAACUAA